UUAAGGUUAAAGUUUGGUCAAAACAAACAAUCAGAUCUAUUCAGACCAAAUCGUUUAUAAUCAAAUCAGACCAUUUCAAAUAUAAUCAAAUCAGACCAGAACAGAUAAGUUCAGAUAAGCAAAAAUAACGGUGUAUUAAACAGGGCCUUAAUCCCCAUAUAUAUAUACUCGAACACCCUCGUAUGGGCAAUGGAUAAUUUGUCAAAAUCUUUUGACUAAAACAGCCUAACAUUAUGCCUGAAAGUUGUGGAAAUUAAGAUCGUUUUUUUUUUUCGGCAAAGAAAGAAUUGACAAAAAGCUCACUGCACCCUUCUCCUUCAAUUCUAUUACUCCCCUGCCUCCCAAAAAGCCACUAGAAAAGCAACCAGAAAAACCCUUGAUUAAGCUUCAGACAAUUGAAAAUUUAAAAACAUAAAAAAUUCCAAAAAAGAAUAAAUAUUUAUUCCUAGUACCUACUCCUUUAUCUACUGUUUGCUUCAUUACUCUAUCCAAAUACUGGUGCUAAACAUCAAAUUAAGAGAAUUAAUUGCAAAAUUUUGUUGGGGAAUUUUUAUGUGGUGUUUGGAAUUUUGAUCUUGUUGUAUAUCAUGGAAUCCUGGUGGUUUGAUUCAUUGGAUAAGGGUUUUGAAUCAAAUGAAGCAAUCUCUCAAUCUGAUUCAAUUAUUAAAGGUAAAAAUGUGUUGAUAGGUUGGGAACAUAAAUCCCCUCUUAGCAAUGAGGAUAGUGUGUUAACCCCUAGUCAACGAUCAGUCGAAAAUCGUAGUUUUUCUGAAUUGGGUAUUGCAGAAGUGGUAAGAAGACAAUGUCCUACUGAUUCAACAAGGAAUGAGUUAGAGGAUAAUGGUAGUGAUGGAGAUAUUUAUAGUUCUUAUGUUACUACUAAUGCCAUUUCUGGAGAUGAUGAAUCAAGUUCUAAAUUUUCAAGCUCGGUUAUGGACUCAAGUAGCCGUGAAUCACCACUCAUUGAUUUGAAAUUGGGUGGAUUUGGUGAUAAUCCAAAUUCUAGUUCAACUAGAACAGCAACAGCUCAUGUUUUGUCUUCAGCUGACUCUUCAACACCUCCAAAAAGGGUUCGAGUUAUCUCUCAGGCUGUACAUUGCCAAGUUUAUGGCUGCCAUAAAGAUCUCAGUUCCGCGAAAGAUUACCACAAGAGGCAUAAAGUUUGUGAUGUUCAUUCGAAGACUCCUAAAGUUAUUGUUAAUGGUAUUGAGCAGAGGUUUUGUCAGCAGUGUAGCAGGUUCCAUUUGCUGGGUGAGUUUGAUGAUGGUAAGCGAAGCUGUCGUAAACGACUUGCAGGUCACAAUGAAAGGAGAAGGAAACCUCAAGUAGGCUUUAGUAAUAGAAAUGGGAGAUCGUUUCAGUCAUACACUGGAAGCAAUUUUCAGGGGUUUACACCUACCUCAACAUCCUUUAUUUGCCAAGAUAUACUACCAAGAGGCAUUUCCCAUACAGUGAAAUAUGGAACGAAUGAUUGGGUUAAGCAUAUCAAGGUUGAGGAUGGAACAGGCUGUACACAAACGCCAACAUAUAGUUGCAUAAAUCGACAGCUUCAGCCAAAAUCUAUUUUGCCCCCUUAUGAUUUUGAAAAACAGUUCCCUUUUAUUGACAACACAAAUAAUACUGGAACACAAUUUCCCUUUGGCAAGAAUGUCAAUCAACAUACGCCUGAAAUAGUUUCACAUUCCUUGUUUCAAACAAACUCACCUAGGAAUGAAGACUUGGCUCUUUUGGACGCAGCAUCAACCGUUCAAGAAUUAGCAGGAAUAUCAGAGUCCGGUUGUGCUCUCUCUCUUCUGUCAUUUCAAUCACAAAAUUCUUCUGGCCAUUCAUCUGCAAUGCCUGGAUGUCACCCUGUAGUUAUACCAAGCAGUAGUCCACAAUAUAGUGUGAACGAAGUCUCUGAAAAAAUCUUUGGAAAUGGUGCUCAGGCUUUAACAAGUGAAGUUCAAAACAGGUAUUCUUCGGUUAUUGUCAGCUCUACAGAAAGAAAUCAACCAAGUUUCAUGUCAAUGCUUAAUUAUGGUAAUAAUGCACACUCUGAAUUUGGAAAUGAGAUACACCACCGUUCCAAAUUUAUGAACAUCAAGGAUCAUUUGUUGUGUGAAGAUGGGACAACUAUUGAUUUGCUUCAAUUGUCAUCUCAGCUGCAGCGAGUGGAAAACCAGAAGCUGUCUGAACCUCUUAAGCAGGACACUGAAAAUUCUUUCUGCCUUGGAAUGAUAUGAGAGAAAAAAUGAGGAUCAAAGAGGACUGAAAGCUAGACGCUUAUCAUAUUGUGAAGACAGCCGCCCAACCAUUGAAAACUUGGUUACUACAUACGAAUUUUCAGUACCAUUGUUAUCUAACAGCUCAACUGUUGAAGCUCAUCUAUCGAGAAGACCUAGGCAAGUAGGCAGGUAUACCCUUAUCUGGGAUUAGCAUGGUUUAAAUCAGUCCAACAAAUUGUGUUAAUUGACUUGUAUACUUAUAAAACUAUUAGCAUAUUAGUAUCGUCAAUUUUGUCUAUCUGAAAAAAUUGUAAAGGUUGAUGUAAAAAUCUGUCGAAUUCUAUUGCAUCAGUCUUCAUCCUUGUAUUUUGCAAGGAAGUGGCACGCAGCAAAGCUGAUGGCUAUCUUAUAAUUUACACAUCAAAGCAGUUCAAGAAA